AGUGUGUUUGGUGUUUGUAAAAAAGCCCCUGAUUCGCAUCCAGUUGGGCGUGCAUAUUUGCAGCUGCUGUAAAACGAAACCCUAUAUCUGAUAAUCAAAAGCUUCGAUCUACAAAAACUUCUUCCAAGGAAGCUCCAAACUCUUGAAGAAGACGAAGGGAUCGAAUCGCUGCAGAAAUGGCGAUGACUGCGUUGAGGCGAGAGGGAAAGCGUGUCUCCACUCUAAUCUCAUCCCCUAAUCUCCGCUCCUCCCUCGCUCCUUCCGAGGAGCAGGUCUCUUUCGGAGUUCGUUCUAUUUCUACCCAAAUUGUCCGAAACCGGAUGAAGAGUGUGAAGAACAUCCAGAAAAUUACUAAGGCAAUGAAAAUGGUUGCAGCAUCUAAGCUGCGAGCUAUUCAAGUUAGGGCUGAGAAUUCCCGUGGCCUAUGGCAGCCAUUUACUGCACUUCUUGGUGACACCCCAAGUGUUGAUGUCAAGAAGAAUGUUAUUGUUACAAUUUCUUCGGACAAGGGUCUUUGUGGUGGAAUUAAUUCCACAUCGGUCAAGAUGAGCAGGGCUCUUCAUAAAUUGAAUGCCGGUCCUGAUAAAGAGGGUAAGUAUGUUAUUUUGGGAGAGAAGGCAAAGGCUCAACUGAUUCGGGAUUCAAAGAAGGAUAUUGAGAUUAGCAUAACUGAGCUGCAGAAAAAUCCUCUGAAUUACACCCAGGUUUCUGUACUUGCAGAUGACAUCUUGAAGAAUGUGGAAUUUGAUGCAUUGAGGAUUGUUUUCAACAAAUUCCAGUCAGUUGUCUCGUUUUUGCCGACAACAGCAACUAUAUUAUCUCCUGAGGUUGUUGAGAAGGAAGCUGAAGCGGGAGGAAAGCUUGGUGAUUUGGAUUCCUAUGAAAUUGAAGGCGGCGAGACAAAGUCAGAAGUACUUCAGAAUUUAACAGAAUUCCAGUUUUCUUGUGUUCUGUUCAACGCUGUCUUGGAGAAUGCUUGCAGUGAGCAAGGAGCAAGGAUGUCUGCCAUGGAUAGCUCCAGUAGAAAUGCUGGCGACAUGCUUGACCGCCUCACACUUACUUAUAAUAGGUCUCUCUCUCUCUCUCUCUCUCUCUCUCUCUCUCUCUCUCACACACACACACGCGCGCGCGGAAAAAACCACCACAGUACGGAUUACCUGGAUGAUGCAGCAUGCUAUUUGAAUGCGCUCUCCUAAGCUUUGGAUUUUCUCUGUUUUGAUACUGGUAUAUAAAAGUUUCACUUGUUUUUUCUUAACCUGUGUAACUGAUCGUCCUCUUGACAGAACCCGUCAAGCAUCGAUCACCACAGAACUGAUCGAGAUUAUUUCUGGAGCAUCCGCACUAACGGGCUAAUUGCCAGAAUUUGUUAUCCUAGUCUGAUGGUGAUGAAAUAAACCAGUGAGGACAGCAUACAUUGUUGAUGCCUUUUUGAGUUAUUUGCUGCCUACUUUAAUAAUCUGCACAGGUCAACUCUUGUCUCCUGUGGAGAAGAUUAUCUUAAACGGUUUCAGAUUAUUCUGGAGCAGUUUUCUUUGGUAUAUCUUGGUUGAAUGAUCGGAAUACAUUGUAGUUCCCAAUCAUGAUCAUCUGCAUGUCUUUUGAGUUCUAAA